AGCAAUAAUUUCUGUGCGAGGCAUGAAGAAAAAGAACUCUGCCGCCUCUGCUCACACAGAGUAAGCAGAGUGAGACAAAACCCACAUAGAAAAUGGCCAUGGUUUUAUUGGCUACUCUAUUUUCUCUAUUGCUAGCAGCAACCCAAUUCAAUGUAGGGGCUUGUGCUGGCAGCAAGAACAUCUUCAUCCUCGCAGGCCAGAGCAACAUGGCAGGACGAGGAGGCGUCAGUGGAGGCAAAUGGCACGGCAAUGUCCCGCCCGAGUGCCAGCCCAGAUCGUCAAUCGUACGACUCAGUGCUCAACUCAGAUGGGAACAAGCACAUGAGCCGCUCCACGCUGACAUUGAUGUGGGCAAGACAUGUGGGGUUGGGCCAGGCAUGGCUUUUGCCAAUGAGGUUCUCAGAGCCAGGGGCUCAAGAUUUGGGGUCUUGGGUCUGGUUCCCUGCGCUGUGGGUGGGACGAGAAUCGGUGAGUGGGCUCGAGGGACUCGGUUGUAUAACGAGUUGGUGAGACGAGCCACCGAGUCAGUCAGGGACGGUGGAGUUAUCAGAGCGGUUUUGUGGUACCAGGGAGAGAGUGACACCGUGAACAGAGUGGAUGCUGAGGGGUAUAAAGGGAAUUUCGAAAGGCUUGUUAUGGACCUGCGUAGUGAUCUUAAGAAUCCAAAUCUUCCUUUCAUCCAGGUGGCAUUGGCAUCAGGAGAAGGGCGGUUUGUAGAUGUAGUGAGGAAAGGUCAGCUUGAUGUCAAGUUAGGCAAUGUCAAAUGUGUUGAUGCAAAAGGCCUGCGUCUGAAAGAAGAUGACCUCCACCUCACUACCAUAUCUGAGGUCCACCUGGGGAUCAAGUUAGCUCGUUCUUUUCUUAAUUCUUUUGGGCAUCACCUUUAAUCUGAUGUGCCAAAAUGUAGCGCAAGUGGUUAAGGCACUCCCUUCAUUACCCAGUCAUCCUAGAUUCGAAGCCCCCACCGCUUGUAACUUUGUGAAUACAAUUUGGGUGUCCAAAAACAAUUAUUGGGUUGGGUCUCCAUAAAAUCAUUAGUGACCUAUUGGGCCCAUUUGAACCUUCAUAUGGGUAUGGGCUUUUGAGUUCAUUUAUCCAUUAGCAGAAAGUUAACGUCGGCAGAAGAAUCAAAGUCCCAUAUUAUAUAGCAGGUGCAAGAUUGCCAUUGGCUCAACGAUGUACAAAAUCUUGUGGUGAAUUAGCCACCGUCACAAAUUCACAUGCUUGUGCUGAUAGACGAUUCAGAUGCGUGGACACAAAACGGACAGCUCACAGGGCACCUGUCAGCACCUGGUAGUCUUGAGGUCGACGAACUAAA